ACCAGCGGUCACACUACAGGAGGCAAGCAGCCUCACAGCACAUUCUGACCCUCAAACACAGGCUUGGAGAGAGAGACCGAAUCAGCACCUCACACACAUUGACAGAAACUGCUAGCUCCAGAGUGAGGCUCUCUUUACUCAACCAGCAUCACUAUCUUUCCUCUCGCUCUCUCUCUCUCUGACAUGGAGCUCCACAGCAUCCGACACCACCACAGCCACCGGACCGACAACAAGCUCCAGAUGCUGAACCUCAACCAACGCCUGGAGACCUACCUGGGCCGAGUGAAGCUGCUGGAGGAGGAGAACAAGCUACUAUGCCAGGAGAUCCAGGCCCUGAGAGGCAGCGGCCAGGGGGGGCGGAUGGGCCUGGAGGACAAGCUGAGCCUGGCCAGGCAGGAGGUGGGGGAAGCCUGGAGGGAGAAGGACCGGGUGGAGCUAGAGCUAGGGAGCCUGGGUGAGGAGCUCCAAGCCCUGGGGCUGCAGAGACAGUGGGAGGCGGACGCCCAUGGGGAGGUGAAGAAGAAGCUGGCAGACAGCAGGAAGGAGAUGGAGGAGGAGAGGAGGGCUCAGAUCUGGUUAAGAGAGAAGGUGAGCCAGCUAGAGAAACAAAUCCAGUUCCAGAUACAAACCCACCAGGAAGAUGUUGCCGGCUUCCAGGCUACACUAAUCCAUGUCAGACCUGCACUGCCACCCCCUCCACCCCAAACGGGCACCCAGCUACCCAGCCUCCAGGAGCUGGGUGAGGAGUACUCCCAGAUGGCUGUCAGGGCGUGGCAUGAGGCGGCCAUGGUGUUUCAGGGCCAGGUGAACAGCCUGGAGGAGUCUCUAAACCAGGCCAGAACCCGGUUGGCCCAGGUGGGCCAGGAGAAGAUUGAGAGCCAGCUGAAACUUCAGGCCCUGGAGAAUGAGCUGGCAUCAGCCCAGGAUAGGAGGCAGUAUCUGGAGAGGAGUGUGGCCCAACAGAGAGACAGGCAGAGGCAGGAGAUACAAAACCUGCAGGCCCAUCUGGAGGUGUUGGAGAUGGAGAAGGGGGCUCUGGGAGAUCAGAUUGACACUCUCCUGAUAGAAAGUAGGGGUCUGCUGCAGCUGAAGAUGUCUCUAGGCAUGGAGGUGGCCACAUACAGAGCUUUACUGGACAAUGAAAGUCUGAUGGGGGAUUUCUCUUCAACAAAUCAGCUAAGGAGUACCUACAUGUCUGAUGGAGUGCCCAGCUCUCGAGGGGUUAAGCAAAGCUUCAAGACACAGCUGGCUACCAGUCACAUUAUCAGUCCUAUCUCUACCAUCCAUGGAGCAAGCCCACGAUCCAAUGUAACAAUGAUGUCCGCAUCACCACUCUGGACUCAAAAUCGGGUAACCCUCAACGAAACACCUGAGAGUUGUCGAAAGACAGAGGAAAGGCAUGUUGACUUUGGCGUAGGGUCCAACCGGCAGGUAAGUUGGUCAACGCCUUACCCCAAAGUACCACAGGACGGAAUUUCAGUCGACCACUUCAGACCCCAAGAUGUCCAUGAAGAAGUCAACUAUGCUGAACCUCUCUCACCUCCCACUGAAGAGGCAGGAGCUGAUGUUGUAUCUAGGCUUGGAUCUGACCAUAAGGAACAAUGCAUGUGGGAUAUGGAAAAGGAGGAAGAGGAUCAGAACAUAGUCAGAACCUGGGUUGCUGAAGAGAAACCAGUUGUGGAAUCUACCAUGAGCCACCAGGCUGAGACCAGCUUCAGUAUGCCAACUGUGUACAGCACUCAUGCUCAAGAGCUCUACAGCCCUUCAGUGAGCUAUGAGAGAGCACAUUCUGGUUGCUCAGCGAAUAACGAUAAUGAUGUACGUUUUGAAAUGUUUUCUGAAAAAGAGGAACCUCUACUAGAUCUGAAUGAAUCGGAGGAAAGAAAUCUUGAAACAGCAAGGAAAGAUGCUGAAUGGGUGGGAAAUGAAGGCUUGGAAUCUGAAACUGCAUCAGUGCUAGAACAAGCAUUUGAGACCUUCACAAGCAGUCAAGCUUUUGAGUAUGGGGUGGGGAAAAGUGGUUACAACAAGCCAAUAGAGUUCAAUCAAGAGGACAAUAUGUCAUAUGAAUCUGCUCAAGCAUCCCACGGUUCAGAAGAGGCCUUUCACCAUGUUAAAAGAGUGGAGGAAGAUGUUAUUAAUCUCACAAAAGAGGAUGAUGAAAAUGAUAUGUCUAACAAAGAUGAGGAGCAAUUGGAAGAUGAAUUGCGCCCCUAUGGGUAUGGUAAGGAUAAUUGGGAAAGAUUGGGAGGGUUCAAUAAGGAUAAUGAUAUGACAGAAAGAAUCGAUGAGUUCAACCAAGAGAAGAUUAUCUCAUAUGAAUCUGCUCAAGCUUCUCACUGGUCAGAAGAGGUAUUUCACCAUGUUGAAAGAGUGGAGGAAGGUGAUAUACAUUUCAGAAAAGGGGAUGAUGAAAAUGAUAUGUUUAAUAAACGUGAGGAACAAUAUGCAUUGCACCCCAAUGGGGAUGUAAUGGAUGAAUGGGAUAGAGUGGAAGGGUACAAUGAGGAGAAUGGAAUUAGAGAAAGAACGGAUGAUUGGAAAGAAGGAAAGGAUCACAUGAAAGCGGAAGAGAUGAGGAAUAACAGAGAAACCCAACCCAAUCGGUCUGAUCAAGAGUAUAUACCGUCAGGCAGAGAGAAACUGAAUCAGUCUGAGCAAAAGUAUAUAAAUUCAAACGGAGAGAAACUGAAUAAAUCCGAGCAAAAGCAUAUACCUUCAGGCAGAGAGAAACUGAAUAUAUCUGACAAAGAGGAUGAUGAUGAGGCAAACUACUCUCAAAAUACUUCUGUUUCAUGGAGGGCUGAGCUAGAAGGAAACAGCUACGCUCAGGACAACACACUGGCCGACACACACCCCCUGAUCCGUUACAAGAGCGACGAGACAGAUACCAACACGCAGGCUUCACACAUGGGCGAAAGUGACUCCAGUGAUGGUGAAGAGGACAGGGAGGUUGGCCAGACAGCAACAGGCACCUGGGGCGAAGGCAAGUCCAAACAGUUUGACACCAUGGAAGAUCUGUAUGAAGAGCCAGAAGGGGAUGUCAUAGAUCAGGAAAGUAACAUGGGCUCCACUCACACAGAGGACAUGGAUGCUAGCCAAACAAAGGAGCAUGCUACACAGGAGAACAAUGAGGAGAAUGCUGUAGAUCAGUUGAUUCAGAAGGCAGAAGAGGAGCAAUCCUAUGAGGAACUUACAGAACCUGGAGAGUACUCCAUUAUGUGCUCUGAUGAGGACUAUAAUGAAGAAAUAAUUGAUAGAUUGGUGGAGCAAGAGUUAGAGAAUUUAUCUAUAUCCAGUUACAAUGAACACUUUACUGGGCAGAUGAUUGAGAGCGAGUCAGUACUGAGUCUUCAAAUUGAGUCUCACACUGAACUUUCCCAGACACAAGACAUGUUAUACAGUGAGGAGGUAGAGCAGAUACACUCAGAGAGACUGAAUCAAACUGAGCAAAAGCAUAUAACCUCAGGCAGCGAGAAACUGAAUCAAUCUGAGUCAGGGCAUAUAACUUCAGGCGGAGAGAAACCGAAUCAAUCUGAACAAGAGUAUAUAACUUCAGGCGGAGAGAAACUGAAUAUAUAUGAGCAAGAACACAUACCCUCAAACGGAGAGAAAAUGAAUAAAUCUGAGCAAGAGCAUAUACCUUCAGGCGGGGAGAAACUGAAUCAAUCCGAGUCAGAGUAUAUACCUUCAAACAGAGAGAAAAUUAAUCAAUCCGAGCCAGAGAAUAUACCUUUAGGUGGAGAGAAACGGAAUAAAUCAGAGCAAGAGCAUAUACCUUCAGGCGGAGAGAAACUGAAUCAAUCUGAGCAAGAGCAUAUACCUUCAAACGGAGAGAAAAUGAAUCAAUCUGAGCCCGAGUAUAUACCUUCAGGCGGAGAGAAACAGAAUAAAUCUGAGCAAGAGCAUAUACCUUCAAAUGGAGAGAAACUGAAUCAAUCUGAGCAAGAGAAUAUACCUUUACGCGGAGAGAAACUGAAUCAAUCCGAGCAAGAGAAUAUCCCUUUAGGCAGAGAGAAACUGAAUCAAUCUGAACAAGAGUAUAUACCCUCAGGCGGAGAGAAACUGAAUCAAUCUGAGCAAGAGCAUAUACCUUUAGGUGGAGAGAAACUAAAUCUAUAUGAGCAAGAACAUAUACCUUCAGGCGGAGAGAAAUUGAAUAAAUCUGAGCAAGAGCAUAUACCUUCAAACGGAGAGAAAAUGAAUCAAUCCGAGCCAGAGUAUAUACCUUUAGGAAGAGAGAAACUGAAUCAAUCUGAACAAGAGUAUAUACCCUCAGGUGGAGAGAAACGGAAUCAAUCUGAACAGCAGUACAUACCUUCAGGCGGAGAGAAACUGAAUCAGUAUGAGCAAGACCAUAUACCUUCAGGUGGAGAGAAACUGAAUCAAUCCGAGCAAGAGAAUAUACCUUUACGUGGAGAGAAACUGAAUCAAUCCGAGCAAGAGAAUAUCCCAUUAGGCGGAGAGAAACUGAAUCAAUCUGAACAAGAGUAUAUACCCUCAGGUGGAGAGAAACUGAAUCAAUCUGAGCAAGAGCAUAUACCUUUAGGUGGAGAGAAACUAAAUAUAUAUGAGCAAGAACACAUACCCUCAGACGAAGAGAAAAUUAAUCAAUCCGAGCCUGAGUAUAUACCUUCAGGCGGAGAGAAACUGAAUAAAUCUGAGCAAGAGCAUAUACCUUCAAAUGGAGAGAAACUGAAUCAAUCCGAGCAAGAGAAUAUACCUUUACACGGAGAGAAACUGAAUCAAUCCGAGCAAGAGAAUGUCCCUUUAGGCAGAGAGAAACUGAAUCAAUCUGAACAAGAGUAUAUACCCUCAGGCGGAGAGAAACUGAAUCAAUCUGAGCAAGAGCAUAUACAUUUAGGUGGAGAGAAACUAAAUCUAUAUGAGCAAGAACUCAUACCCUCAGACAAAGAGAAAAUGAAUCAAUCUGAGCAAGAGAAUGUCCCUUUAGGCAGAGAGAAACUGAAUCAAUCUGAACAAGAGUAUAUACCCUCAGGCGGAGAGAAACUGAAUCAAUCUGAGCAAGAACACAUACCCUCAGAUGAAGAGAAAAUGAAUAAAUCUGAACAGCAGUACAUAACUUCAGGCGGAGAGAAACUGAAUCAGUAUGAGCAAGAUAAUUUACCUUCAGGCAGAGAGAAACUGAAUCUAUAUGAGCAAGAACAUAUACCCUCAGACAACAAGAAAAUGAAUCAAUCUGAGCAAGAGUAUAUACCUUCAGGCGGAGAGAAACUGAAUCAGUCUGAGCAAGAGCAUAUACCUUCAGGUGGAGAGAAACUGAAUCAGUCUGAGCAAGAGUGUAUUUCCUCAGAGGUUAUGUAUUCGGUGCACUCUACGAUUCUAAUGACACCUGAACACACAUCUCUUAGAGAAAGUUCAGUAGAAAUGUCCAAAGCAGAAUAUUUGGCUCAAGGUAAGGUCUUCAGUAGGGGACUGGGAACUGAAGUUGUACCAGACAAAAUAGGAGAGGAUGACCAGAAGCUUUCUAUGCUGACUCAUGCAGACUUCACUGAAAGCCAUUAUAUCCACAGCAGUUUAAAUAGCAGGCUUGAGAGUCAAACCAACAUGAACAACUCGGAUAUAGAAGAGUCCAACAGCAUAGAUGAUGAGUCGCCAAAUGCAAGCCAGUAUUUGCAACCUGUCACCAAAGCAAAUCUAACUGCAGAUCAGAAAGACUUGUUAGAUGUGGCGGUCUCUCACUAUGAGGAUUGCAAUGCUCUUAUAGAACAUUCUUUAGAGGAGGUCACUAGCAAUCAGGCAAGCCAUGAAUGUCUUCAGACAGACGAAUGGGAAGUCUUAGAAUGUCCAAACAAACACCUAGAAUCUGGAGAUCCUUUUGCAGGUCACAAGAGAGACUCAGAGAGAUCAUCCAAAACUGACAGCAAAGGCCGGGACCUCCACAGCUUCCUCAGCUCUGGUGUACACAACAACUUCUGGGGUUCCAAUCCGGAGACAGGAGCCCCCUAUCAACCGGAUGAGCCAUAUGACCAUGUGACCGAGCUACCCAAUCAGAACCUAGACUUGGCUGACAACCUAUCCUGGGUGGAUUUGAAGAAUCCACAGGCGGCCAAUUGGCAAUUGGAACACAAAGAUGGACAGUGACACACCUAAAGCUUCCACCCUUGAAGAAGAGGACAAACAGAUGCCCCCACAAGUGAAGCAGCUGGUGUGUAGAGAAGUGGUGGAGGGUGUGAAUGUUACUUCUGAAGGUUCUGAAGAUGAGGGAGACUCCUGGUCAUCUGGGGAAGAAUAGGAACAAUUUCAGCAUGGUUUCUAUAAGUGGAAGUACCAAAUGUUAUUGAGAGUGUAAAACUAUUUACACUUUAUAGGCUUUGAAUUUGAGCAUUGAUUCAUAUUGAUCCUCAAAGUGAAAAGUAAAUGAAAAGAUAAUUUCAUCCAAACAUGAAUGUACUAUGUCACAGAAUGUCAUGACAAUUCAAUUUGUAAUUGGCUGAGCAGUAAAAUAGGAGUCAGUGCUAUCCGGAAUCCUUGGGACGUCCCUACCCUAAACCCUAACCUUAACCCCUACCCUUAACUUAACCCUAACUAUA